GUAGUUCUCAGAUUCUAUUUAGAGUGGCAAGAUGUCCACUUAUCUCUGUUUUUAUAAUGCUGACUUUCCAAUGCACUAUAUACUUAGAAAAUUUUUUGUCACUUCAGGUGUGUAGGAUACCAUAUUGGGUAGGCCUGUCCUGUCUUAGGCUUGAAAGUUUCUAAGAAAUGAAAAUUGCAAAUGCCAGCGAUGUGCAGGGAUCUGAGUGAACUGUCACCACCUAUGUAGUUGAGUCUGAGAGAGGUGUUAUUUUAAGUUGUGACUUCUGUUAAUGAAUUGUAUUCAUUCUUUCUAAACUUAGAGUAGUUAUAAUCCUGUCAGCUUAGUGAGACUAUUUAUUGAUUUUAAUACAUCUUUGUUAGAAUUUUAAGUGAAAUAUUGUCAGUUUUUUAUUGCAUAGAGCAGAUGAACCCACUUGUGGAAAAUGUUGCUUGUUUUGAGAGCCGAGUGUAUGUAUCUGUACCAUUUUAGUAGGUGGAAUCUCAGAGGCCUAAUCUGUCAUCCUCAGCCAGGCUUUAGGCCACUCUCUACACUUCUCUCUUUUGUAGGAGUGUGGGAAAACAAUUAUCCUUCACAGACUUUACCCAGGGCCAAGUCCCCUACUCAAAUAUGUCUUUCUAAAUAUGCUCAUGCAGAUCAUAAUUCAGGCAAGUGUAUUUACCAGUUGCAUAGGCCCUAUUCUUGAGACUGUCCCAAACCAGUCAGAAAUCUGUUGUAAAUCAGGACAGACUAGUGUAGGAUUCAGUACCACUAGACACUAGAGGUGAUUUGUGGUGACCUGUGUAGUCAGGGCUUUGGAAGUGUGAGUUUAAAAAGACAAGUUUUCUCUUCAUUUUUAUGAUGGGAUGCACACACAUGAGUCUAUAUUUUAAAUUUACCACAAUGUUAAGUAGAUUGCCUACAAAAAUAGAUUUUAUAAGAUUUUUUGCUAGCUAUUAUUUUAAUAUGUGCUUAUAUUGAUGCCACAAUACACCAAGCCAAUCAUUCUGUUUCUUGAAGAUAAAAAUCUAUUAGAAAGGCUUAAAAUAUAUACCCAAGGCAAGGGCUUACUCAUGCUAUACAAGUUAUAAUAUAUGGUAUUAGGAACAGUGUCUUAAUAUUCAAGCACUUAGAAGUAUUCUUAUAGGUGCGGGUGGCUCCGGGCCAGUAGUGCAGAAGAGAGUUCUUCAGAAUAAAUUAGGUGUCCCUUUGGUGUUCAUUUACUAAUAACCAUGGUAUGUACCUGAUCUAUGAGUUCCAUUAAAAGGUUUUGUUAUUUCUGAGGGCAAUAUAUUCAUCCUAUUGACUAACUAUAAUUUAUAAAAGCAUGCAAAGGAAAGUAUCCACAAUUUUGAAAUGACAUUAACUUUUAGCUUAUUUGAAAUUUAUAGAAUGGUGUGUGCUCCUAUAACAUUGCGAAAUAGCAAAGUAUGAUUGGCAGUCUUUUUCUCUAGGGGACACAAUUCUAAAGUCUUUGCAUUUUCUGAUAUUGCUUCUAUGUUUUGUUUUCCCUAAAAUUUUGUAAUGUCAUUAGCAGAUGGGUCAAAGCUAUGGAAAGAAGUAAAGCAGAUUUUUUUUGUAUGAGACAGAGGGAGCGCAGGACCGUUUUUGACAGGGUUCCACCACAUUGCUCUGCAGGAAGAAAUGCAGGCUAGAUGGAUCCAGAGGAAGCUGUUCUCCUUGUUGUCUUGGCCACAUUAAAACUCUGAUUCUAGAACCUUCUUUCUGUGAAUUCUCAUUUUCAGUGGCUUUGUUUUUCUUUUCAGUUCCUGUUUUGAAGACUCACUUUGGUUCUUGGUUCUUACAUGACUUUCUGAUGUUGAAAAACAUUAUAUGAGAAAUGUUUCUACCAUGCAGAUUUUGGAAUGAAACCAAGAGGAAUAAAAGAAACUGUCUCUACUCCAGCACGAGGUAGCCACAGGGACCAGGAGUGGUAUGAUGCUGAAAUUGCCCGGAAGUUGCAAGAGGAAGAACUUUUGGCUACUCAUGUGGACAUAAGAGCAGCUCAGGUUGCCCAGGAUGAGGAAAUUGCUCGACUUCUGAUGGCUGAAGAAAAAAAAGCUUACAAGAAAGCCAAAGAGCGAGAAAAGUCAUCUUUGGACAAAAGGAAACAUGACCCCGAGUGCAAGUCAAAAGCAAAGUCAGCCCACUCAAAGUCAAAAGAGGGUGAUGAAGCACACCGUUCCAAGACUGAUAGGCCGUCACGACCACUGCCACCUACAGUGAUGGGCCCUGAGCAUACGGACCCCACCCACUUUACAAACCAGCACAGUACUACACGUCAUUUUCCAAAGUCAGAGUCCUCACAGAAAGGCUUCCAUAAUAAGCAGUAAAACAAAACAAACAAACAAAAAGGGAUCUGCUUCGGAAAUGGACUUCUUAUAGCACAUAUUACUGAAAGAUACAACAUGCAUUCCACGUUGGCUGUUGUCCUUCUGUGUGCCAUUGCUUGGAGUUACUCUCAAGUGUUUUCUUAACUAUAAAAGUAUUUCACUUCAUUUUAUAAUUUUGGUUAUUUUGGUCACUAUGGCAGUGUAAGAAAAUAUAGCUUCUGAAUAUUGACCAUCUCUUCUGUGGAUAUAUUUCCUGGGAUGUAAUAAUUCUAUAAAAUUACAGUUGCUAGUUAUAGGAUAUUGGCAUCUAGGGAAUUGAGUUUAUUUAGCAAUUAAAAGUGUACAGAGAUUCAAUAUCAAGUAAAGCAUAACAUUUGGAUGCAAUGAAGAAUAGGAAAGUAUAUGGAAUAACUGCUUUGCGUUUAUUAUGAUAUUUUGAAAGAUACAGCCAUUGUUUCUUAUCCUUUUUAGAAAAAGUAACCACAAUAAAGUAUAGGGGAAAUACCUAGAGUAGUGGAAGUCUGUUCUUCUGAAUAAAUGGAUUGGUAGAGGCUCUGAUGGCCAUGUAACCCUCACUUGUUAGCUUGUACUACAGUUUCCUCAGGAUCAAGUCUUUUAGAUGCCCUUAGGCAAUGAAUCAUGUGUUAAUAUUUAUUUGUAUAGACCUUAAUGUCUGAUAUUUUCUCUCAGGUCCAUGAGGCAUCAACUCAAAAUUAAAGAACAAGCAGCCUUCCAUUGUCUUGCUUUUCUAACUUUAUUACAGAGCCAAAGGAAUAGAACAGUUCCCAUAGGACUUGAUACCAUCUGUCCACUUAGCUGUGCACAUCCAGCCUCUUGCUCCCAGGAUAUAGCAACCUUUCAGUGAUGUUUUAUGCACCUGCAAUAUUAGAUUAAUUCAAUGUGAAGUUGAACUUGAUGAAGUGAGUCAUUAUCCAGCUAUAUACAUCUAUGCUGAUGGUCAUUGUAUUCCUCUCUGUAAGGCCUUUUAAAGUCAUCUAUAAAACUUUGUGUAUCCAUCCAUACCACUUACUUAUAUAAAUGGCAGCCAUGCUAAACCUAUAUAUGAUUGCCAUUUUCCCAGCUUGACUUGCUGUUCUUUUCAAUGUAUGGGUCUGAUGUUUUCUGUCAUGUCAGUAUGCUAUGUAUUUAGAAAAGAAGAAAACAAGGUUGCUGAGAGAAAUAUUUAAGGAGUGCCUGCCUUCCAUUUGGCUUGUCUUUACAAACUGUCUUAAACUUGUGUAGGAUUCUGGAAGGCUGCUCCCAAAAGAUUUUGAUCUCUGAUUUUGAGAAUAAUCUUUUGUUUCAUAAAGUGACACCUGAUCUAAAUUUGAGUGAAAAGUGAAGCUGUGGGUAAACAGUAAUCUGGAAAGACCGGGAUGCAACAGUGCAGUCCCUGGGAGCAAAUGCAAGGGAGUGUGAACUACAGGCCUGAGUGUCAGCCAGCAAAUGCACGUAGGAGGUCCUCCUUCAGAGAUGGAGGCCAAGGGAAAGCCCAGCCUUACGUCAGAGUCUCUGUAAUGCUCUCAGUAUCACAGCUUAGUUUUACCAGCCUAGCAUACUGCUGUGGCUUUCUUUAUCUGACCUGUGAUUUUACUUCAUGCUUUUUAAAGGUAUUUUGAAAAGGUAACUUUAAAGAAAAAGAUAGAGUUGCAUUUUAUGUGAUAAUUAGGCAAAGCAGACAACAUCUUCUGCCAUAUUUUUGUUUUAUAAAUACUUAUUUUUCUAUCUCAUGAAAUGAUCACUUUUAACUUUAAAAGCUGCAUCUCUUUUGUUUUGCAUGAACUUCAUUUAGUCAUAUUUAUUAUUGUAAAAUGUAUGUGUUUUAGUUUAAAAAAUGCCAAGUCACUUAACCAGAAUGCUGGAGUCUUUCCUGUCACCAUGGAUGGCCAAAGGCAGUGCAACCUGUGUGAUGGCCAGCUUAACAUCAGUAUUGGAAAAUUUGUUACAUUUUAAGUUUUUUUUUUAAAGACUACAGUUUUAAAAUAUCUUGUUUGUUUUAUUUUAUUUUUGUAAAGUGAGCAGUUUUUUAAGAGUACCAGUAAUUAUUAUGAGUAAGAAGGUAGAAAAAUAUUCUUAAUUAUUCUUAAUUAAAAUUUUUGCUAUAAGUCAAAUAAUAUAUCUUUGAGAUGAUUGAAACAACUAACAGCUCUUAAUGAACUGCCAGUCUUCACUGUGGUCUCUGCUUUUUAAUUUUUAUAUAGAAAUGAAAGCAUUUAUUUUGUUCCUGUUAUUGAGCACAUGCAAUUUAAUUAUUAGGUCCACACUGUAUUAUGUUUUGUUAUCAACAUAUAGACUAACUCCUCUAGCUUUGGGAACUCUUUUGUUUCUCAACUCGUUUUCUCUGUAGGCCAUGCUGUUAACAACAGUAUUACUGGAUGAACAGUAUGUUAAGGAGCCUCAUCAUGAGACUGAUGUGACACUCUCCCCUUUUCCAUCCCAGAAAAGAGGCUAGAUAAAAGUCAGAUUAAAUAUGCUGACCUGAAAGAAAAUGAAUUCCAGUGUUCAAGCUACUGUUAGUCAUAAUUGCCGUGUUGGGAGAAUAGAAAAAUUGCUUCUUUUGUUCUCAAAGAAUAUUGAGAGUUCUUGCAAGUGACUUUGCAUGCCAUUGAAAUGCUAUGGGGUCAAGUGACUGUAUGACAAAUGAUAGUUAGUAAUGAACUCAAAACCCAAACAGCCAAAACCAAACUAUGUGUUUCUGAUCUUGAGAAACAUCUAAGCUAGGAAGAGAGGUAUGCAUAAAUAUGUGCCCAAAGAAAACUCUCCACAGUGGCCUGGGUCACUGCGCCCAGGCCAGCAGUUAAAAGCAUGUGACCUGUGCUCCACUGGAGGCUCUAAUACUACUAGAGCUUCUCUCAAGUCGCUUUGUGCCAAAUAAAACAAAAACAAAGACAAAAAACAUACUGUAAUAUGGUGCAUUCUGUUUACCACAUAAGUGGUUAACAUUUUACAGCCUUGACUUAUAAUGAGUAAUGCCUUUUAUUUAUAUAAAUCUCACUUUGGGAAAUAUGAAGAUCUGUUACUCUCCUUUAAAAGGUAACUUCUGAUUGACUGAGAUCAUCAGCCUUCUGAAAGGAUGAAGCCCAAGGAGAAAUAACUCGAAGGCCUGAGAUGGAAUAGAGCUUGAAGUAAAUGGCUUCUUUCAUUUGCGGAGGGUGGUGUUUAUGGAAGGAGCACUGACAUUGAAGUCACACUGACAAGGAGACAUUGUUCCCCUUGAUUUCACUGUGAAUGCUGUGCCAUGUUCUCAUAGCACGCUUUUACAAAACAAUCCCUACAACAUUCAAAAUCCAACCUUUCAUUUACAAAGGUCUUUAAUAUGUCUGUCAUAUGCUGUUCAUACCAGAGAAAUGACUUGGUCACGCAUUCUCUCUUCCUAUCUCACAUUCAGAGAAGUGACCCAGGAGAGACCCCUCAAUUCUCUCUAUCUGUUGGUGCCUGUGUGCUUUAGAGCCAUAUCUUUAUGGGAUUGGUGACAGGAUGCUUACUUCUUCCUACCCUGUAAUGCAAUACGGGCAGGGAGGAGCCUACUGUGGAGUAUCCUGUUAAUGCUGCAUGGAACAGUAUUAUCCGAAUAUGUGGUGGAAGGGUAUUUUUGUUUGGUUGGUUAGUUUUUACCAUGGUGAUAUAAGUAAGAUUUAAUUAAAGGGAAGAAGGAAUUGAAGGCUUUGUUGCUUUUGCUAUAACUCAUCAGAAAUGCUCCAAUUUCAUUGUAGUGUCUCCAAGAAGGCAAGGAGCUAGGAAAACAUUAGUUAUAGUCACUUUUUUGAUGAGCCCUGCACUUUAUGUCAGCAAUGUCUGUGAAGAUCAGUUUUGCCUUAAAUUAGUUUGAGUUCACCCAAGGCCAUUGUGCUUAGUAUACAUAAGCUCUCGUCAGCUCUCCAUUGGCAUGUAGUUCAUAAAAGAGCCUCCAGCAGCAGCAACACCAGGAGCUUUGAACUUCUCCCACUGGACUCUGGUUGACUUGUUGACUUGAAACAUUAAUAGAAGUGUCUUCUCAGUUCCCUGAGUAGCAGAGGCACGGCCAGAGCACUGCUAGGGGAGGAUUCCCUGGCUGGAGUAUUCACCCACUGAUAACUUUAUCAACAGUUGGGAGGUUCUUGUUCUUUUCUUUGGUGACUGCAAAAGAUGUUCUAAAGGUUCUUUGGUUCAGUGACAAUACUCACAUAUUUCUAAGAAUUUUAAAAAUUACUUUCAUAUAUUGAAAAGCUUAUUUUCCAUUAACAAAUAUAGGAGAAACCCUUUCCCCAUUCCCCAAAUGGACGUAUUGCUUGGAUGGUGAUCUGAAGAGUGCUCUAGUUUAUUUUUUUCAACAGAAUUGAGGCGUAGAAUGAAGACCAGCUUUUCUAGGCUGCACGCAGACGAGCACGGUCACGCAGGUAACCACACUGACUUACAUGUUUGCCACUAAAAGCCCUUAGAGACCCAAGCACUGCUACUAAGAUGUUCAUAAAGAUUUCAUAUGCUUCUGUGCAUUAUAAGUAAGAAAAACGUAGAUUUUUUUAUUCUCAUUUCAAAAAGUUACUUUUCAUAGUAUGCUGACUUAAGCAUUUUAGAUCGGGGCAGGAUUAAUUACUUAACUGUAUUGCCCAGAUCUUUAUUGGUGAAAUUCAAAUAUGAAGAUGAGAAAAAAAUUAAAAAGGUUUGAGUAACAAAUCAGCAAGGAUUGCCUACAGUAAAGAGUAGGCAUUGAGAGGCUAUGCAGUGAUGAGUGAUAGUCUUUGGAUAUAUUGCUACACUGAAUUCACACUAUAAUUGCUGAAGUUGAUUCUAGCUAAAAAUUUCGUAAGAGUUUGGGGUGUGAGAACUUUUAUACUUAUGUAUGAAUAGUUUCUAAAUUCUUUUAGAUUGUAGACCUUGAUGUAAUCUGAAAGACAGAUGUCCUAUCCCAAGGAUAGCUGUAUUUUUCAUGGUUUUAAAUGAGCAACUAAAUAUUCAUUUCAUGAAAUAAUAUAAAUAUUAGGAAGUAAUAUGGAAAAAUGACAUAAAAGUGACAUUUCAAAUUGACAAGUCCCUGUAAUGCCUGUUGUCUGCUAAGAACAAUCUAUCCCUGUGAAACAUUUGAAAGGUGCUAGAUUUGAAAGUACAAGAGUUUGUUACAUAAAUCAGGUUUCUCAGAACAUUUGAGCUGAUACUGUCAUUUAUUUCUGUUAUAAUUUGGGAAAAAUCAUUUCUUUAAUUAUGCUAUGAGGAAACUGCAUACUUCAUUUGGUAAGAGUCCUUUAAGUGCAGUGACAUAGAGAAGAGUAUAAAACAAGUGAGAUGGGAUCCCAGUGCUAGUCAGUUUAUGGUCAGCCCACUCCUCCAGUGGGGGGUUGUGAAGUACAUAUUUCAUAGAGCUGAACAGAGCCUCAAUAGGAUAUCAUUCCUUGCCUGAGGAAAGACCACUUCAAACCACAUGCCUAUCUAGAGAUUGAAUAAAACUGUGAGGAAACACUGUGUGGAUGCCUUAAGGUGACUGGUACUGGUGCUGAUGCUGGUGGGAAUACGGCACCCAUCUGGAUCAGGCUGCAGGGAACAGUCUAUUUCAAUUCAUCUUCAUAUAGCCCAAGAUGCUCCUGUGCAUAACCUUGUUGAAGAAAUGAGAAAUAUGGUGCUGGCUACUUUGAUGUGUCUGGGGAGGCUGACUUCAUUGGUUAACAUCAUUGGUUAACAUUAUUAAGGCACUGUCCAGUGCCCAAGCCUUCCUUCUUUACCACUCAUACAUCUACAUCCAUUCAUUCAUCUAUGCAAGCUUGUGUUUUUGUGAUUUGUAUUUUACACCUGAACAUCAGGUUUAACAUUGGUGUUUUAAAUAAUUUUUAAACCAAAGUAUUGUAUGAGCAAGUAUAUGUGCUUUGUUUUUGUGAAUGGUUUGAGAUAAAUACCUAUCUUGUUUUCUCUUAAUAAAGUCAUCUGUUUAUUAAGUCAA